AUAUAGGGAAAGAAAAAGGAGAUGUAGGCGAUUUGUAACUGAGUGGUAUAUGUCUCUUCAAAUGAAGACAAUUAAAUUAAGGGGGGGAUUUGAAUGACGUGAUAACGCAUUUUCCACAGAUGCUGAUCACUUUCUUCCACGUUCGUACGUUGCUCCUCUAUAAACAUGGCUGUCACAACCCUUGAAAGUUGAAACUCGACCUUAGAGAAGAAAACCAAAGCCCAUCGAUCAAUGGCAAAACUGCUCGUGUUAUUCGUAUUACUUCUAGCCUUCCUUUCGCCCAGCCUGUCGAGCGGCGCCACCUAUAAUGGCAUAGAUUGGUGGUGCAGCAAAACCCCACACCCAAACACUUGCAAAAACUACAUGGGCCAUGCCCAUGUACCAAAAGAAAAGUCCCAAUUCAAGAAAACCACGGUCCAUGUUGCCUUGGAGGAGUCCCUUAAAGCUCAAAGCCACAACAAGUGGCUUGGCUCUAAAUGUCGGAACGGGAAGGAAAAGGCUGCAUGGGCUGACUGUUUGAAUCUCUACGAAGAAACCAUCACCCUACUCAACCAUACUCUCGACCCCGCCACCAAGUCUUCCGACUACGACGUCCAAACUUGGCUCAGCGCCGCUCUAACCAACCUAGACACUUGCCGAGCCGGCUUUGUCGAGCUAAAUGUUUCGGCCCAUGUUUUGCCACUCAUGUCCAACAAUGUUUCGGCGCUCAUAAGCAACGCUUUGUCUAUCCAAAAUGGUUCGAUCCCGCCACAAACAGAGAGGUACAGAGACGGCUUUCCGAGCUGGCUUUCGGGCGGUGACAGGAGGUUGUUGCAAUCUUCAUCACCCGCCGCAGAUCUUGUGGUGGCCCAAGAUGGAUCGGGUGAUUACCAGACUAUCGCAGAGGCUUUGAAGGCAGCCGUCGGUAGGAGUGGGAAGGGAAGGUUUGUUGUACAUGUGAAGAGUGGGGUUUACAAAGAGAAUCUUAAGAUUGGGAGUAAACUGAAUAAUAUUAUGUUAAUUGGCGAUGGGUUGAGGUUUACCAUUGUUACGGGUAGCAAGAGCGUUGGAGGAGGCUCCACCACUUUCAACUCUGCAACAGUUGCGGUGACUGCCGAAGGUUUCGUUGCUCGUGGCAUCACAUUCCGUAACACUGCUGGACCCCAAAACCAUCAAGCAGUGGCACUCAGAUCAGGCGCUGACCUCUCCGUCUUCUACAGGUGCGGCUUUGAAGGAUAUCAAGACACCCUGUACGCUCAUUCACAACGCCAAUUUUACAAAGAAUGCUACAUUUAUGGCACAGUGGAUUUCAUUUUUGGAAACGCCGCAGUAGUGUUUCAGAAUUGCAUGAUUUAUGCAAGGAACCCCAUGACCGGACAACAAAACACAGUCACAGCCCAAGGCAGAACCGACCCCAACCAGAACACAGGGACUUCAAUCCUUAAUUCGCGAGUCAUGGCUGCACCGGAUCUUGUGCCGAGGCUAAGCUCUGUGAAAACGUACUUGGGUCGACCAUGGAAGUUGUACUCACGAACGGUUUUCCUGCAAAGUUUUCUUGACACUUUGGUGGAUCCGGCAGGCUGGUUGGAAUGGAAUGGUAAUUUUGCACUUAAUUCUUUGUAUUAUGGGGAGUACAAGAACAUCGGCCCUCGUUCUUCGACUAGUCGGAGGGUGAAGUGGAGUGGUUAUCAUGUCAUAACCAAUGCCAGCGUCGCAUCGCAAUUCACGGUUGCAAAUUUUAUUGCGGGGCAGUCAUGGUUGCCGGCGAGUGGCGUGCCAUUCAUACUUAACCUAUGAUAACAUAUAAUAUUAAUUGAUUGCAGUACUGUGAUUCCUUUGUUUGAUUAUAUAUCGUUUCAUUCUUUCCUGAUAGCAAAUAACGUCUUUGAUGGAAAUAAGAGAGUUUCUUUUUGGUAGAAUAAAGAUGUAUAUUGUGUUUAAUUUGUUUCGGAUAUCAAUAAAUAAGUACGAGUGAAUUAAA